CGCCGCAGCGGCCGCAGAAUCGGGAACCAUGCGUUCAGGUACUAGCGAGCCGCGACUGCACGCCGACAUACCCACGAUAGCCACGCCGGAUGCGAGUCCGGGCAUGCGGCGGAAAGGCUCCACCCGCCGGUCGCUGCAUCAGUCGCACCCCAGAAAAUCUACCGCCUUCCUAGACGUCCCGAACAACACAGGGGUCUGUCCCGAGGACGAAGACGAAGAGUCCUACAGAUUACGGUCUUUCAGCUUCACGUCAAAAGGAAUUGUGAACCGAGGGGAUUCAUUUCGGAGACGUCGUUCCCGCAGCAACAGCCUGGUGCCACCCCACGUCCUGACGUCACCACCCGCCCCUGAUGGCACGCCGCCCGCCAGCCCGGCCCCCGUCGACCCAGAACCGGCCCCAGAAGUCUUCACGUACAGAGUCGCCAUGAUUGGAGCACAAGGCGUCGGGAAAACAGCUCUGGUCAGCCAGUUCAUGACCUCAGAAUGCAUCAACGCCUACGACAGGCAAAGAGAUGCACCCAAAGAACAAUCUGUGUUUAUUAUGCUGAAUGGUGAAGAAUCUGAACUUUGUUUCAUUAAUCUGGCAAACACUAAGGAGGAGCUGGACAGAUCAAACCCACCAGAUGCAUUUGUGGUUAUGUACUCGGUAAUCGACAAAGCAAGCUUCCAGAGGGCAGAGACUGAACUUGCCCGGUUACAGGACUGGGAACUCCUGCGCUCCAGACCAGCCAUCUUGGUGGGCAACAAAGUUGACCUCGUCCGCAGCCGAGCUGUAUCAUCACAAGAUGGAAAAUGCCUUGCAUGUACAUAUCGCGCCAAGUUCAUUGAGAUCUCUGUAGGAAUUAGUCACAAUGUAGAUGAACUACUGGUAGGGAUCCUGAACCAAAUUCGGCUCAAGCUUGUCCAUGCACACCUUUCUGAUAAGGAAGGAGCAGCACACUGGUACAAGAGUCGAGGUGUUGUGCGUGCAAGCAUGAAGGCUCGGCAGAUGUUCACAUGGUUGUUUGGAAAAGAAGACUCCAAAUUCAAGAACUGUGAGAAUCUACACGUUCUGUAGUUACUAGUGAAGAGACACUUUGUGUUAAUGAACUAACUGUCCAUAUGAAUGCCAGAUAGAACACUCCACUUCAGUAUCAAAUACCCAGUUAUUAAUCAUUGUCUGUUCAGACAGAAGAUCUGCAAAUGGAAUUAAUGGAUGAGACAAAAUUUAUGGAACAUAUAUUGUUGCUUGUGUGGGAAACAUGACAAACUCUGUGAGAGCCAUAGGAACAAACAGCAAUGAUCAAGUGAAAAAUGGCAAGAUGGGUGGAAAAACCAAAAAGAAAUAAUAGUCAGUAAAGUAAUGAAGUAUUAGAGUAAAACAAGACAGGACUAAGAAUAUAAUGGCUCAGAAAACAAAAGUGGAAAAUAGUUAACUUUUUCCCCCAAACUAUACUUCAGAGUAAAACGAGAGAAAAGCAUUCUUUACCCCAGAGGGAUAUAAUGAAUCUGUCUUGUGUUACUUCAAUAUUUUUUGCUUAUAAAGAAAUUAUUUCUUCAGACCAUUCUGGAAGCUAAAUAGAGUAAUUAAAAACAGGCAUAAAAAUCAAAUAAGAUGUUGACAUUCAGACCUGUACAAUAUAUGAAACUCAGGACAUCACAAAACUUAAUUUUAGUUUUAGAAUAAUGAGGCUUUUAAUUAUACCGCAUAAAUUAAAAAUCAAACUGGUAAUAUGGCACAAAGGGUAAAAAACAUAAACACACAACUCAGGAAAUGACAAACUUCUCCAUAUUUCAAUAAAUAUGACUUACUAAGUUAUAUACAGUGCCCAAUGCUUAAAUUUGUACAACUUUCUACUCUUAUUCUGUGUGCUUUCUAGUGUUGCUACUUUUCAUAAAGAUAAUUCAGUGCAUUACAUAAAAAUAAUGUACAUUAUCUGUAACUGCUUGGGGAAGACAAGAGAGCUUGGUUCCUUCAAUUCAAAACCAAAAUCUUGACAUUAGUAAGUUAAAUAUACUUUGUAACAAAAGUAUAAUUACUAUGCACUCAUUAAUGAUUUAUACACACACACAUAUAUUCCUUCAUUUGUUAAUUUAAUUAUCUGUCUUGAGUUUAAACUGAGAUAUGAACUUUAAUACAAAAAGAUACCAAUAUAUUUUUAUGUCAUUAUUGACUUAUCAGCACAAGAUCUGCCUUUUGGAAGCAAAGUCAUUUUUUCUGGAGGUAGUGGAUGCGUAAAUUUCACUAAGAUAUUUUCUUUCCUGUGUUUCUUAAGCAGUAUUACAUAUGACUUGUCAGUGAAUUUACUUUCUGCAAUGAAAACUUUUCUUGAUAAAUUCA